AAUCUUCCUUUUUCUGACUGACGCUUGAUCUCUUGCUUCCCAGCCAGGGCAAGGCAGCAGCCGACAUGACGACCAGCCAGAAGCACCGGGACUUUGUGGCCGAGCCGAUGGGCGAGAAGCCGGUUGGCACCUUAGCGGGGAUUGGAGAUGUCCUUGGCAAGAGGCUGGAAGACAAAGGGUUUGACAAGGCGUACGUAGUGCUGGGCCAGUUCUUGGUGCUGAAGAAGGACGAAGACCUCUUCCGCGAGUGGCUGAAGGACACGUGCGGAGCCAACGCCAAACAAUCCAGAGACUGUUUCGGGUGCCUGCGCGAGUGGUGCGAUGCCUUCUUGUGAAGCGGUGGCGGGUCAUGGAGCCGGGCUGGGGGCUCUAGGGGGGCUCCUGUAGGUAGCUGACCAUGGGCCUGUUCCCACCCCCCCCCCCCCCCCCCCGCAGAAACUCCCUCUCGGCUUGGCCACACGCGCGCACAAGGCUCCCUCCGGGAUUUCCCUCCGAAAAGUAGACAAAAAAACCGAUUGCGCCGUUUUAACCUUCCCUCAACCUUCUGCUCCCCCUCGGAAGAGCGAGUCGAGAAGGGUACCGGGUUCCAGUCGUUGACAACCCACCCACCCCCACCCCCGAUUGGGUUUUCCCCCCUUCUGUAGCCUCCUCCGUUGAAUUC